UGGAAUAUCCAACAUGUGAUUUGAACGGUCUUGGAAGCAUUAUGUUUAUGCAAAAUUGAUUUGAUAGGAACACUAGUCUCUCCAGAACUCCCAUAUCAGUUUAGAUAAGAGAAUGUUCGUUCCUUCUGAAUCGCAAAAAAAAUCCUUUUUGGAGCACACCAAAGCUGCGAGAGAGGAGCGUGCAUUGGAGAAACGUCGUGAAGGGGCAGCUGUGCGAAUACAGGCUCAAUGGAAAGGAUAUGUGACUCGUAGGCAGUAUCACAAUCAAAUAAUAUCCGAUUUAGAUAAUUUGAUAGCGGCAGAAGGAAAUGAAAAGGAUGUUGAGCUUAUGCCAGCAAUAACUGUGUAUCCUGUUGUACGCCGGUUCCUCACGUAUUUUCAAAGCAAAAAGCAAGCGCUCGAGGGUGAACAGUCGCGUGAGAGGUUUGAAUGUUUAUGUCGGUAUCUAAAUAAAGCCAUGGAAACCGAUUCUCCAAAAAUGUCAUACGCAGCUUUAUGUUUGCAUAAAGAUAAGAGUUUGCCAUGGCUGGCGCACAUCAAAUCAUUACUCAGUCUGUGCUGUCAAAUGUUGCAGGACCUUAAGCCGGAAAAUCAUACAGAUAGUAUUUCUUUGGCACUCUACUUGCACACUUUGGUGGUUUUUACAUCGCCAAAAUCGUGGGGCAUUCUUCGAAGUAAGCAAUUCGAAAAAUUACAACCCGCUUUACAGAAAAUAUGCUGCAAUAUUCAGGGUAAAUUAGUACAAAAUGGAUUUUUCAAAACAAUGCGUUCGAUUAUGUUAAAAGGCACAGCACGCGAAGACCUUUCCAUUAAACCUGUAUCGAUCAAAGCUAUAAUGACUCUGUCUACACGCCCUCUAAUUGAUGGCGAUUUCAGUCGCAAUUUACUCGCUCAAUUUUUGGGAGAAAUCUUAUCUGUUCCGGCACUGGUGUACCAUCUGAAUAUAAUCACUCCGCAAUGCAUAGAACAACUUACAUCAAUGGAGAUACUAAAACGUUUCCUUCAAGCUGCCGAUGACGCGAACUUUUUUUCUGAAUUUACAAACAGCAUGCCAGGAACUAAAUUGCUAGCAUUUUUGGCGAACGUUGUGAAUCUAUUUACAAUUGAAAGUCCUCUAGAAGCAAAAGAGCUCGCGUAUCCCCUUUUUACGGUAAAUAUUUAGGGAAAUGUUUACUUACAUAUAUGCCCACUGUUUUUG